AUGGUGCCACCGCCGCCGCCGCAUCAUGCGGCGCCGAAGAACCUGGGGCUGAGGGGGGUGCGGCGGCGGCUGUGGGGCAGGUGGGCGGCGGAGAUCCGGGUGCCGGGCACCCAGUCCAGGCUGUGGAUCGGCACGUUCCCGUGCCCCCGGACGGCGGCGCUCGCCUACGACGCCGCGCUCUACUGCUUCCACGGCCACAGCCCGCCGGGCGGCCGCGCCUUUAACUUCCCGUUCGCGCCGCGCCGCCUCUACAUCGACGAGCGCAGGCGCUACGGCCUCACCCUCAGCAACAUCAGGGCCAUCGCCGAGCGGUACGCCCACGACGUCGGCUCCUUCCUCUUCCGCCCGCCUCCGCCGCCGCCCGUCCCCGCCGUGUUCGCCGCUGCAGCAGCAGCGCCGGCCCCCAUGGCGGCUCCGGCGACCGACCUGCACCAUACCACCACCACCGCCGCUGCUGCAGCCGUCGAUCCUUACUACUACAGCAACGAAGUUGACAACGCCACAGACGAGGACGUCAUAGCGGCAGCGGACCGCCUGCUCUCCAUGGACAUCGACGAGGUCGCCGCCUUGAUAGCCAUUGUUCAGCAGGGAGAGUGA